UUACCAGCGGAUGGAAAGCCCAAGGACGCAACAUUUAAGUGUGGGAAAAUGAAGUGUUUUUUGUUGUUCUCUGCUGGUGACAUUGAAGCACAAUUGUGAGCGCAUUUUCCCUAAUUGAGUUGCGACUUUCUCUGCGCUGCGCUUUCUCCUCGCCGAGGCGUAAAUCGCAAAGUACUCAAAAGCAGAAAAGCGCUCGAAAAUAGAACGAUAAAUACGGAAAAUGUGGGAAAUGAAGACGGAAGUGGCAACGCGAAUUGCAUAAAUAUUAGUUCGCGUGGGCGCAGUGUACAAAACAUUGACUUUUCCACCAUUUUCGCCCCUCGCUGUUGUGCUGAUUGAAUAACCAGGCAGUGGCAAGUGCAGUUGUCAACCGAAAUUAGCCGCAAAAUGUUUGCACUUUCUGCUCGCCACGCACUGCGGCGCACUCGAAAUUUCGCCAUUCAGCGCUUUUUCGCAGAUUCACGCCAAGACAGCGACAAUCCGGCCAAAAGGUAUUCCGGACAAGCGGCCAUGGACAACAAGAGCGAGAAGGUUACGGUGAACAAGGAGGAGCUGCGCAAGCGCCUGACCCCGGUGCAGUAUCAGGUUACCCAGGAGGCGGGCACCGAGCGACCCUUCACAGGUUGCUACAACAAGCACUACGAGAAGGGCGUGUACCAGUGCAUCGUGUGCCACCAGGAUCUGUUCAGCUCGGACACCAAGUACGACUCGGGAUGCGGAUGGCCAGCCUUCAACGACGUCCUUGACAAGGGCAAGGUCACGCUGCACCGCGACGCCAGCAUACCAGUAGUCAUUUCGAAAACGCUAGGCAUGGUGCGCACCGAGGUGCGCUGCUCCCGAUGCUCCGCCCACAUGGGCCACGUCUUCGACGAUGGACCGCCACCUAAGCAUCGCCGCUUCUGCAUCAACUCCGCGUCGAUCGAUUUCGUGAAGAGUGCGACGCCAUCGAAGGCGGAUCCACCGACGGCCUCGUCCAAGAAAUAAUGACCGACCGAUCUGCCUGCUAACCACAAGGAAUACUAUUGCACCCGGAGCAGUAGUUCCAUAUAGACCUGCGGGAACUCCUACUCCUCGUCUAUAGAGAGCUGCGUCUCCAGCAUAGAAAGAUAUUUAGCUAUUUUAUAGGCGUUUACUAUGCAAAACUGUUUAACGAAAAGGAAACACAUAGCUUAUACACAAGAACGAUGUUUGAAUAUGUAUUGCGGAACGAGGAGUGAGAGAUUAGUAUUGUAGAUCAGCCCAGAUUCCAUCUCCUAUAUACUUUUACCUCCUCACCUAUGUCUGUUUCGGUUUCAAAUCUCUAUACUAUGCUAUCGCAUUGACACUUUAAUAAGUUGCGCCAGUUUUUCCUUGGUUAAUGCACUCUUUUCGGUUUACAAUCAGUCACUGAAUACAAGAACUCUACUUCUCAAAAGUAUUCCCAUCGUAUAUAUAGAAAAUAUUGUACGUUAAUAAAAACUAACCCAUUUCGUAGGAGCUUACAUGCUUAGCAAGAAGUUAAGUUUGCGCAAGGUUACAAUGUAUUAGGGAUCAGACGAGGGUUCCUUUACUUCGUUUAUAUGAUUUCCGUUCGGUUAAGAGCAAUUUUCACCCCUAUUUCGGUUUUAAAUCUACCAAGAUCAUAGAGCUUUCUCCACAUACUCAUUUCGAUCAUCAAUCAAGGUCGGUUGGCUUUAUUUUUGGGCCAGGGCCAUUAUGUCUAUGUAUGUCUGUGUGUGUGUGGUGCUUUUAUUUUUAAAUAUUUCCGCAUAAGUAUUUUAUUUUCUGGUGCUGUAUUUGGUUAUAAAUAUGAUUUAGACUUUACGCUUCAGUUUUUUGCCUUUUACUCACGCUCAGUGGUUUUGAUUUAAAUAACAUAACCCGAAUACUUUAACAAACAUUAUAUCCAUAAACUAUUUAGAGUGUUUUAAGCAAACCGAAUAAUGUGUAUUUUCGUAUAUUUUCUAUUUCUCUUUUUUUAACUCGCUUCAAAACAAAAAAAAAACAAAACUAAAUGUA